UUUUUCAGACAUCCUUUGUGUUCUGGAAUCGGCUGAUAUUUGACGCAGGUGUUCUUCAAAAUCCUGUCCGUUGUCAUGCACUUGAAUCUUAUCCAACUCAUCAAGGGUUGAAUUUUGACAUGGAAACGGCGAAUUCAGACCUACAACGCGUGUUUGCCAUGUUUGAUCGCAACGGCGACGGGAAGAUAUCAAGGAAAGAGCUGAGCGAAUCGCUGGAGAGCCUGGGGAUCCACAUUCCGGAGAAGGAGCUCGGGCAGAUGAUGAAAACAAUCGACACCAACGGCGACGGAUACGUCGAUAUAGAGGAGUUCGGAAUUCUCUACGCGACGGUUAUGGAGGACGACCAGAACGGCGACGAGGAAAGCGACAUGCUGGAGGCGUUCAAUGUCUUCGACCAGAACCGCGACGGAUACAUCACGGUGGAGGAGCUACGCUCUGUGUUGUCGUCGCUGGGGUUAAAACAGGGGCAUUCGCUGGAGGAUUGCAAGCAGAUGAUCACCAGAGUCGACGUCGACGGCGACGGUAGGGUUAAUUUCGACGAGUUCCGGCAGAUGAUGAAAGGCGGCGGAUUCGCCGCGUUGAGCUCGUGAUGUUAAACAGCGAACUGUUCCUCAGAUAAGCCUUUCUUCUUUGAAUUUCUACGGUUUUCAUUCCAAUUAGGUUCGAGAAGAAAUGAAGAAUUUUCAUUUGUGCAGUGGAUACGUAUAACUGCUGUACAUACAUACGAUACCUUGGA